AAUGACCGUGAGUAUACAAACGAUGUUAUAGACUUACUACCAAAUCUUUCAUGCCGUGUUGAUACAGAGAUGUUCAUUAUUGAAGAUUAUUUGGAUUCAUUUUGCCAAAGAAACUAGCAUUUCCCAUCCCUGACCGAUUAAUAUGAUUUAUGAAAUCAAAUAAUAAUGGUAUCAUUUUUAGUGUGC